AGUUGUAUCUGGAAGCUAGUACCUCCAUGCUAGAAACGUGAGAGAAGCGCAGUCGCAGAUUCCCAGUUCAGACAGAGUAAACCAUAUAAAAAUGGGUGAAGAAAGAGAAAUGACCUCUCUGGAGAAGAAGGUGGCCGAACAGAUAGAGUAUUAUUUUGGAGACCACAAUCUUCCUCGAGACCGGUUCCUGAAGGAGCAGAUCCAGCUAGAUGAUGGCUGGGUUACUCUGGAAACCAUGCUCAAAUUUAACAGACUGAAGAGUUUGACCACAGAUGCUGCAGUCAUUGUGGAGUCUCUGAAGAAGUCGAAGACUGGCCUGCUGGAGCUCAGCGAGGAUCAGACCAAAGUCAGACGGUGCCUGGGCAAGCCUUUACCAGAACACAACGAGGAGUACAAAGACGCUCUUAAACACAAAUCUAUCUACAUGAAAGGUUUUCCCCUGGACACGACCCUGGAUAGUAUCAUAGACUGGCUCUCUGAUAAAGGACACGUGGAGAACAUUCACAUGAGGAAAGGUCCGCUGAAGACCUUUAAAGGUUCUAUUUUUGCAGUGCUGGACUCUGAAGAGGCAGCGAAGGCCUUUGUCGCCCGAGACGACGUGAAACAGUUUAAUGGGAACGACAUGAUCGUCCUGAUGAAGGAUGACUACUUUACCAAGAAAUCAGAGGAGAGAAAGCAGGGUCGUGCACAAGCUAAGGCCAAAGCCAGGAGUGAAAAAGAAGAAAAGCAGAAACAGGCUGAAGAAGAGGAGAUGAAAUCUCUGGAGGAGCAGAGAGGCUGUGUGCUGAAGUUCUCAGGUGUGCUGGAUCAGGUUUCUCGUGAGGACUUCCACAAAAUCUUCGCCGAACACGCUCAGAUCAAAUGGAUCGACUUCACCAGAGGAGCUAAGGAGGGUACCAUCCUGUUUCGCUCGGACGCUAAGGAGGCUCUGCAGAAGGCUCGGGAAGCUGCGGGAGGCUCUGGGCUGAAGAUUAAAGAGAAGGAGGUUCAGUGGGAGGUUCUGGAAGGAGACGCAGAGAUGGAGACACUGAAGAAGAUCAUCGAGAGUCAGCAGGAGUCGCUCAACAAACGCAAAGGAGGACGAGGUGGUCAUCGGGGACGUGGACGAGGUCGGGGCGGCCGUAGGGAUCGAGGGGGGCGAGAUCAGCCGCAGUUCCAGGGAAAGAAAACCAAAUUUGACAGUGAUGAUGAGGAAGCUGAUGGUGCUGAUGAAGGUGAUGAUGCAGAGCCCGCAGCCAAGAAGAGAGCGCUGGAGUCUAACGGCACAGACGCUGACGCACCAGCGUCCAAACAGGUCAAAGAGGAGAACGGUUCCUAAACCCAGAGCUGCCAGGCUGAUUUAUCUGUACUGUAAAUAUUCCCUCAUUUCCAACCACUCGUCACCCAACACAUCCCACGGUUGGUUCUCCUUCAACUGCAAGCACGCGUAUCCGUACGUCCUGACAGAGCUUCUUCACAUAGAAGUCAAACUGGACCAGAGCUCUCCACUCAUCCAAUCAUAUUGGUUCCUUAAAUAAUGCAUAAAAGAUUUUUUUUAUAUAAAAACUCACCACUUCCACUCUUGGUUUCCGGGUGAGGGUUUGGUCAGCAGGUCUAGAUUGAACCUGAACGGGUGCAUUUCUAAUUUUGAGUGAUUAUCAUUUCAGGAUUAUUACAAGGCAAGGAGUUAAGAACGGUCAACAUUAAUUUCUUUAUUUUAAGGUAGUGCUUCAAUCAACACAGUGCAGAUUUUAUGAGCACAGUAUAAGUAGUUUGUCAGAUUCGUUUAUGCUCAGAUGUGUAGAUACACUAUGUGGACAAAAGUACUCGGGCGUCCUUUCUGAUUUUUGAAUUAAUGUGUUUUAGCCACAACAAUUGCUAAUUGGUGUACCAUUAAAUCAAUGAGAUAAAGGAAAGAAGAUGCUUCCACCCUUGCAGCAACAGUUUAGGAAAUGCCCUUCCCAAUGCACAAAGCAAGGUCUGUAAAGAGGCCUGCACAGAGCCCUGACCUCAGCUUCAUUGAACAGCUUUGGAAUGAACUAAAUCAGUGCCCAGCUAUCAGAAUGACGGAAUGGGCACAAGUUCCCACAGACAUACUUCAAGACAUAGGUCUUGUGAGAAGCUUUCUGAGAAGAGUGGCUGUUAUAGCUAAAAAGAUCACAUGCAGGUCAAUGGGAUGCAAUGGGAUGUUCUGUAAGAUGUUCAGGUGUCCAAAUACUUUUGGCCAUUGGGUGUAUAUAGGUUGAAGCCUUUACUUGUUAGUAAACUCAUCUUGGUUGUGAUCAUGCUACGAAUGUACUCAUUUAAUUCAAAUUAGCUAUGGAUGCAUUUAAACUCGUAGUUUACACUAAGCACUGAGGUAAAGUCAUGAAUUAAAGGGAUAUAAUAAGAUUGUUUCUGAUUGGACGAUCAAUUAAAGCCUCCCACUGACCAAUCGGUGGCUAAAAGCAGGCCAUCUUUUCCACCUCUCUUUGUCAAUCACUUGCCAAGAACCUCUGCAGCAUCUCACUCUGUGUGGGGUUCCUGCAGUUCUGUUUGUGGAGCCUCCACCUGAGCGUAAUCCAUCAUCAGCUCAGUGAACAUGGACACAGAAGCACUUAUCUCUGCACUAGUGGAUCAUGCCCUCUGCCCAGUUCAGACCGGAUUUUGUUUUCUUUCAUGAACUUCCAGUCUGGUUCCAGUUUGACAGGAUCGUGUUGGCGUGCCGUGAUGUCGGGCUAUUAGUCAGAAUCUGUUGUGUUGAACCUGGUUUGAAUAUGUUAGAGGGGCUUAUCAGGCCCAGCGUUUCUGUUAAGCAAACCAUUUUAUUUUGCUUUUUUUUUCCUCUCUGUGUGACUGAGGAGUGAGUCUUCUGCCUCCAACUCCAAAGUGCCAUUUUAAUUCCCUUUUGGUUUCCACAGACCUUUAAGACUGAUUUUCAUGUCUGAUGCAUUUAGCUCCUCGUUUCAUAGUUUGAAUUUCAAUAAAAUAUUAAAAGAAAA